AUGACCGACAUGGGUUCUCGUCCGACCCCAAGGACCAUUGAGUCCAUUUGUACAAUUGCUGGCACAAAGAUUCCUAGUGUACCACCUAUUCCACCCGAUUCCGUCCCUAAUCUCGAGUCUAUUCGGAAAGUGUACGACAUUGCCUUUGCUCCUGGUCUUGACAAGCUUCUGGAGGCGGGCCAGUCGAAAUGGUUUGCAAGGGAAGGAUUCCCUCUUCUCUGCGCAGACCGGACCCAGUUGGGCAACAUGUUGGCGUAUUUGACAUUGGUUAGUAACCACGCCGAUACGCCUACUGAAAAUGCGACCCUGGCGAGUCAGGAGGCCCGAGUGACCUGGGCGCUGCUUGAGCUUUGUAUCAGACCGGUGCAUGACAGUGGCGAAGAAGCAGACAGACUCGCCCGCCGAUGCCGAGCCCUGGGUGCGAUCCUGACCGGCGAACCAUUUAGCAUCCCCACCGCAACAAUGGCCGAUUUUGUCCACCAAGAGGAGGUCGAACCAGAGCCGAAAACAAGUGCGCUUGAAAAGCAACUUGCCAGGAGAUCCGAAGAAUUUUGGAAGUUUGUGGAAAGGGCUGCUGCGAGUCAGAGGGCCGAUGGGUCCGGCUUGUCCGCUGCCGCCGUGAGACAAUGCCGACCAUAUCUUGACGGGAUGGAGAAUAGAGAUGUCAUCUACAGUAUGAUGUUGCUGGCAUCUGGGGGCAAUGGCGACCUUACUUCGGAACGAGAACUUGCAAAGAGAUACCUGGAAACUCAGGCGAAUGGACGUGCCACGAAUCAAGUUUUUGCGACUCUUUCUGGCAUGGCGUUGAGGGCGUUUGAGGGAUAA